ACAUCCAGCAGCACCAUGUGGGUGACCAAACUUCUGCCAGUCCUGCUGCUGCAGCACGUCCUCCACCUUCUCCUGUUUCCCAUUGCCAUCCCCUAUGCAGAAGGACAGAAGAAAAGAAGAAACACACUUCAUGAAUUCAAAAAGUCAGCAAAGACUACUCUAAUUAAAGAAGACCCAUUACUGAAGAUAAAAACAAAAAAAAUGAGCACUGCAGACCAAUGUGCCAAUAGAUGUAUUAGGAAUAAAGGACUUCCAUUCACUUGCAAGGCCUUUGUUUUUGACAAAGCAAGAAAGCGAUGCCUCUGGUUCCCUUUCAAUAGCAUGUCAAGUGGAGUGAAAAAAGAGUUUGGCCAUGAAUUUGACCUCUAUGAAAACAAAGACUACAUUAGAAACUGCAUCAUCGGUAAAGGAGGCAGCUAUAAGGGAACGGUAUCUAUCACUAAAAGUGGCAUCAAAUGCCAGCCCUGGAAUUCCAUGAUACCACACGAACACAGCUUUUUGCCUUCGAGCUAUCGGGGUAAAGACCUACAGGAAAACUACUGUCGAAACCCUCGAGGGGAAGAAGGGGGCCCGUGGUGUUUCACAAGCAAUCCAGAGGUACGCUACGAAGUCUGUGACAUUCCCCAGUGUUCAGAAGUUGAAUGCAUGACCUGCAAUGGGGAAAGUUAUCGAGGUCCCAUGGAUCAUACAGAAUCAGGCAAGAUUUGUCAGCGCUGGGAUCAUCAGACGCCACAUCGGCAUAAAUUCUUGCCAGAAAGAUAUCCCGACAAGGGCUUUGAUGAUAAUUAUUGCCGCAAUCCUGAUGGCAAGCCGAGGCCAUGGUGCUAUACUCUUGACCCUGACACCCCCUGGGAGUACUGUGCAAUUAAAAUGUGCGCUCACAGUACUAUGAAUGACACGGAUGUCCCUAUGGAAACAACUGAAUGCAUUCAAGGUCAAGGAGAAGGUUACCGGGGCAUCAUCAAUACCAUUUGGAAUGGAAUUCCCUGUCAGCGUUGGGAUUCCCAGUAUCCUCACCAGCAUGACAUAACUCCUGAAAAUUUCAAGUGCAAGGACCUAAGAGAAAAUUAUUGCCGAAAUCCAGAUGGGGCUGAGUCACCGUGGUGUUUUACCACUGAUCCAAACAUCCGAGUUGGCUACUGCUCCCAAAUUCCAAAAUGUGAUGUGUCAAGUGGACAAGAUUGUUAUCGUGGGAAUGGCAAAAACUAUAUGGGCAAUUUAUCCAAAACACGAUCUGGACUAACAUGUUCAAUGUGGGACAAGAACAUGGAAGAUUUACAUCGGCAUAUCUUCUGGGAACCAGAUGCUAGUAAGCUGAAUAAGAAUUACUGCCGGAAUCCUGAUGAUGAUGCCCAUGGUCCCUGGUGUUACACGGGGAAUCCUCUCAUUCCUUGGGAUUACUGCCCUAUUUCUCGUUGUGAAGGUGAUACCACACCUACAAUAGUCAAUUUAGACCAUCCUGUAAUAUCUUGCGCCAAAACAAAACAAUUGCGAGUUGUAAAUGGAAUUCCAACACGAACAAAUGUAGGAUGGAUGGUUAGUCUGAAAUACAGAAAUAAACAUAUCUGUGGAGGAUCAUUGAUAAAGGAAAGUUGGAUUCUUACUGCAAGACAGUGUUUCCCUUCUCGAAACAAAGACUUGAAAGAUUAUGAAGCUUGGCUUGGAAUUCAUGAUGUCCAUGGAAGAGGAGAUGAGAAACGCAAACAGGUUCUAAAUGUUACCCAACUGGUAUAUGGGCCGGAAGGAUCAGAUCUGGUAUUACUGAAGCUUGCUAGGCCUGCCGUUCUGGAUGAUUUUGUUAGUACAAUUGAUUUACCUAAUUAUGGGUGCACAAUUCCUGAAAAAACCACUUGCAGUGUUUAUGGCUGGGGCUACACUGGAUUGAUCAACUCGGACGGUCUAUUACGAGUAGCACAUCUCUAUAUUAUGGGGAAUGAGAAAUGCAGUGAAUAUCAUCAAGGGAAAGUGACUCUGAAUGAGUCUGAAAUAUGUGCUGGGGCUGAAAAUAUUGUAUCUGGACCAUGCGAGGGAGAUUAUGGUGGCCCACUGGUUUGUGAACAACAUAAAAUGAGAAUGGUUCUUGGUGUCAUCGUUCCUGGUCGUGGAUGUGCCAUUCCAAAUCGUCCUGGUAUUUUUGUCCGAGUGGCAUAUUAUGCAAAAUGGAUACACAAAAUUAUAUUAACGUAUAAGGUACCACAGUCGUAG